AUGAGGAUAGAAGGAGAAAAAGGUGUGAAAACACAAUCCGCGCCAAAACAUUGGCCGCGGACGCGCAAAGUGAUUUUGGCCGAGCAAUUCUCAUUCUGGCCGACCGUACGGUCGAGCCGGGAAGGAAUAGCCGUGCUCGGCCGGAUUCACUCUUGCGCGACAGAAAACGUUCGAGCGCCACGCGCGAACCGGGAAAGAAGCCGCGAUCGGCCGAUUUUGUAUCGGAACGGACCGACCGUGCCGGUCGAUCCGGGAAACAUACGCUCGGCCUCGGCCGAUUCUCUCGACCAAACGAAUUUGGCCGACCAAAUCGCUCGACCGCGACAAAAUCCAUCGGCCAUCGGCCCAAAACUUUUCUAG